AUGAUGGCAGCGAUGGCCUGGUAUCUCUGGCUGGCCGUGGCUCUCCUCUGUGGCCCCCCCUGGCCCCAAGGACACUCGGCUCUGGCUCCUGAGAACGAGGUGCCACUUCGCCCCACCGCCUGGCUGCCUGAUGGAAAGGUCACCACCAUACAUCUGCCCAAAGGACGGACCCGAAGGUACAGUAUAGAGACCCUUCCAGGGGAGGUGGAUAGUAUUGCACAGUAAAUGUUUAUGUUCCAUGUCCUGGACAUAUAUUGAAAUACUUAAGAGAGGCCUCUGUUUAAUAUCCUGUCUUUGUCCAACUUUAUACUGUCACUACAAAGGGCUAUAUAAUUACAAGGUACCUAAACGGUAAUUUCCUGUGUAAUUCUUCAUGGGUUUGAGCAACAACAAUGAUUGCCUUAAUCUUAAUAUCCAUUUCUUUAGUUGUUGGAAAGGCAGUGAUUCAGUGCAGUGGCCCCAUGGGCAGGAAGAGCAGCCCACUUGGCCCAGGCUCUGCUGAUCAGUGCCAGUGGUAGAGCUCUAACACUGGGAGCUGUAAAUUGGAAUAUGGGCAUCCGUGUGAGCUGCAGUCUGUCCAUCAAUGCAUUUGUGCAUAAUGAAACAAAACAAUUUUUAAAUGAGAAAAACAUCCGCUAAUGAUGAUUCUAAUUAAUCAAUCAAUUAAACCAAGUAUUGCCCUUGACAACGUCAGCAUGGCACAGCUGUUGAGAAACAGCAGCAGUUGAUCCAGAACAUACAUGUAAAAGAAUGAUGAUUUUCUGGAGGCUAUUAUAACAUAGAGGUCAAUUAUGUUACGUCUCGAUAUUGAAUGAUUCACCUUGAUGAGUGAUGUUGGCGACAAUACAAAGAUGAUCAAAUAAUGAUGUCGGUGAUAAUGAUGUAAUGGUCAGUUGGUGAGUUUGAAUCUAAUUAUAUUGUGAAGGUCAACAAUAAGCUUGUAGAAGGAGACCAUAAUGUCUAAGCACAGAGAUGUGUAGGGUCUAACAUGGAGAUGUGAAUUUUAACAUGGAGUGUGCCAUUGUGUGUCCAAAGUCUGCAGUUCUGUGGAUUGUCAUCCCACACGGUGAGGAGGGAUAUCUAUUAUAGCAAUGCAAUGACAAAUGUUUCAUGGUCCUAUAAUAGCUUGACAUUCAAAGCAACAUUGCUGUCUUCAUGCUAAGCACGAUUUUAGAUGGUUACAGCAAAGAGAUCUCCACCUGUACAGCGCAGGUCCAUGGAAGCUCAUCACAGAUUGUUAGUUGACCUUUCCUUGUUUACUUUAUGGGUUUAUCAGCGUAUGGAGAGAAAAAAACUGGUAGACAUUUUGUACAUUUUGGAAAUGCUUUGACGGCUACAUGUUACAGUACCUUUCUUAGUGUUAUGGGGGACGAAAAAGACAUGAACACUUUUUUGUGUGGUACCUAUCGUCGUGCAGGCUGUACUUCACACUGAAGAAGAAGGUUGCGAUGAUGUCUGUGACCGUCAGUCCCUGUGACCUCCCCAUCGAAUGGACCCUUGAAGCCCGAACCCUGAAGGACAAACCGCCUAAGAGUCUGCACUGUGAGUGUGAAACACUGAUAGACAAUAAAAGCAACUACACACAACACCCACUCACAUGCAAUUCCUAUUCAUAUCAAUUCGGUUUCAUUACACCAUAAUCCAAUUCACACUGGAGCCAUUUAUUUUUUACAUAGUGGCCAUUAAAAGACUAACCCUAGUCAUAAAUGUCUACAAGAUAGGAGAGACUUAAUCAAUCCAUUGGUCUUGAGUUAAAACAUUUGCCAUUUAAAAUAAGACAUAUACAGUGACUUCUAAGAGCAAUAUAGAUAGAUUUGUACAGAACGGCAUGCAAGUUCUAGCCUGUACAGUGUAAACUGAAAUUCAGCUUAAUUUGGACAUUUAGGAUUCCAUUGAAAAUGUAUCAUAUUCAUGCCCAAGAUCAGACUCUGCAGUUUUUAUUUGUGAUACUAUGGGCUAAGUGAAACCCGAGCAUAUCUGGUGAAAACCUCUUCAAGAGUUGCAAAAAUAUAACUUGAGGGACAAAAUAGAGAACAUAUAAGUCUAAGCUACAUAAAUACAUUAAUUUUCUUUUAAAUGUUAUAAUAAUCUCUGGUUGUGCUUAAAAAAAAAGAUUUUGUGCAUCGAUUAAACUAACAAGUAGCCUUUUUAGGCUAGCAAUAAUGUCAUGCAACAUCCUCCAACAGUGACACAUACACUGUGUACAAAACAUGAGUAUUUUUCUGAGGGCAAAAGGGGCCAGCAAAAGGGCGGCAGGUAGCUUAGUGGGUAAGAGCGUUGUGCCAGUAACCGAAAGGUCGCUGCUUCUAAUCCCUGAGCCGAGUAGGUCAAAAAUCUGUCGAUGUGCCCUUAAGCAAGGCACUUAACCCUAAUUGCUCCUGUAAAUCGCGCUGGAUAAGAGCGUCUGCUAAAUGACUAAAAAUAAUAAUAAAAUAAAAUACAAAAAAAAAGACAACAAAAAAAAACAAUUAUUAGGAAGCUGUCCAUAAUGUUUUGUACACUCAGUGUAAAUCAUUCAGUGUGUGAACACAAGGCUUCCCAACCUCUGCCUAAAUUAUUCACUUUGAUUGUGUAACAUUUGGUCCCCUUUUAUUUCCUUAUUAAAGAGUGACUGCCCCUAAAACCAACUAAACCCUUUGAAAACAGACUGUGUGGCAUUGAUAUGAGUCAGAAACAUGUAUUCUAGUGUCAAAAUUGACUAAAAAUUGUAAAUUGGAUACAUUUGGUAAUAAAGUCAGUCUAGUCUAAAACGGAGUUUGGAACCUCAGUGCUUCACGAGUAAAUGAAGGUUGGGUUUGGAUUACAAUGUCAACAAAUCAUGCCCCCUUUUGCCAAACUCCACGUGCACAUCGCCCCUUCGUUUCCCUUCAUUGAAUGUGGCUUCAUUGUUUCAUCGCCCCCAACGCGUUCAAAGGAUCACCGCCGUGAGACUGAAAAGCCCUAUACGGAUUUGCCAUGAAAUACAUGUUUCCAGCAGAAUUGCACAGCCAACAAUUAUGGUUUGCAUUCCCUGCCGAAGGACCCUAUCAUGUGGAAUAGGUGGUUGGAGUUCAUUGGUCCCCAGUGGUGGUGAGUAUACCGGUAGCUAGACCAUAGACUGCUGGUUAUGUGUCUGGUUAUGUAUAUUUUGAUAAUCAUUAUCACAAUCAUCGCUAUCAUAGCUGACUUUAGCUAACUAGCUACCAACUAGCUAGCUAGUUACCUACCUCAAUACAACUCGGAUUUGGCUUGGAAACACGAUGACAUUUCAAAAGAAGGCAAAUAAUUAGUAGGACAACCUUUUGUGACGAUUCGGGUGUCACCAGAUUGACUUUAGAUGCAGUAUAACUUUAGCCAGCUAACGAAGAUUAAGGGGACCACCAUAUGUUAGCUAGCGAGAUGCAACCCAUGUCUAGGGCACAAAUGAAUAAUGAAUGCAGCUAGCUAUGGUGGUACUAGCUAACUCAUGUCUGACAACAACAGUGUACUAACUAGCAGCAACAAACUCAAACCAGCCCAGGGCCAUAGCAAAAUGGGUCACAGUUGGUUGCAUAGUGUAAGGGCGUCACCGGCCUGAAUCUAAUCCAAUCUGGAGCAGGUCAGUCUACAUCUGUAAAGCAUAGAAUUAGGAUCCAAAUGAAAUUACGUUAUUUCUUGAGCUAUGUUUAUAAUUGAGGGAUGAUGACAAUCGUUGACCCUGUUUUUCUGUUAGAUAAAGUGCACAGUUGGGUGCCAGACUGAUCACCUGGUCAUGAACGGAUGCCCUAUCAAAAGGAGCAAAGGUGGGUAUCAUAACAAAUAAAAAUGAAAUCAAACUUUGUCACAUGCGCCGAAUACAACAGGUGUAGACCUUACCGUGAAAUGCUUACUUACAAGCCCUUAACCAACAAUGCCGUUCAAGAAAGAGUUAAGAAAAUACUGCCUAGUAUAUAUAGGUCCUGGAUGGCAAGAAGCUUGGCCCCAGUGAUGUACUGGGCCGUACGCACUACCCUCUGUAGCACCUUACGGUCAGAUGCCAAGCAGUUGCCAUACCAGGUGGUGAUGCAACCGGUCAGGAUGCUCUCGAUGGUGCAGCUGUAUAACUUUUUGAGGAUCUGGGGACCCAUGCCAAAUCUUUUCAGUCUCCUGAGGGGGGAAAGGUGUUGUCGUGCCCCCUUCACGACUGUCUUUGUGUGUUUGGACACCAAGGAACUUGAAACUCGCGACCCACUCCACUACAGCACCGUCGAUGUUAAUGGGGGCCUGUUCGGCCCGCCUUUUCCUGUAGUCAACGAUCAGCUCCUUUGUCUUGCUCACAUUGAGGGAGAUGUUGUUGUCCUGGCACCACACUGCCAGGUCUCUGACCUCCUCCCUAUAGGCUGUCUCAUUGUUGUCGGUGAUCAGGCCUACCACUGUUGUGUCGUCAACUUAAUGAUGGUGUUGGAGUCGUGUUUGGCCACGCAGUCGUGGGUGAACAGGGAGUACAGGAGGAGACUAAGCGCGCACCCCUGAGGGGCCCAGUGUUGAGGAUCAGCGUGGCAGACGUGUUGUUGCCUACCCUUACCACCUGGGGGCGGCCCGUCGGGGAGUCCAGGAUCCAGUUGCAGAGGGAGGUGUUUAGUCCCAGGGUCCUUAGCUUAGUGAUGAGCUUUGUGGGCACUAUGGUGUUGGAACACUGAGCUGUAGUCAAUGAACAGCAUUCUCACAAAGCUGUUCCUUUUGUCCAGGUGGGAAAGGGCAGUGUGGAGUGCGAUUGAGAUUGCGUCAUCUGUGGAUCUGUUGGGGCGAUAUGCCAAUUGGAGUGGGUCUAGGGUAUCCGGGAUGAUGCUGUUGAUGUGAACCAUGACCAGACUUUCAAAGCACUUCAUGGCUACCGACGUGAGUGCUAUGGGGCGGUAAUCAUUUAGGCAUGUUACCUUCGCUUCCUUGGGCAUAGGGACUAUGGUGGUCAGCUUGAAACAUGUACUGUUGAAGUCGGUAGUUUACAUACACAUUUAAUCCUAGUAAAAAUUCCCUGUCUUAGGUCAGUUAGGAUCACCACUUAUAUUUUAAGAAUGUGAAAUGUCAGAAUAAUAGUAGAGUGAUUUAUUUAAGCUUUUAUUUCUUUCAUCACAUUCCCAGUGGGUCAGAAGUUUACAUACACUGAAUUAGUAUUAGGUAGCAUUGCCUUUAAAUUGUUUAACUUGGGUCAAACGUUUUGGGUAGCCUUCCAUAAGCUUCCCACAAUAAGUUGGGUGAAUUGUGGCCCAUUCCUCCUGACAGAGCUGGUGUAACUGAGUCAGGCUUGUAGGCCUCCUUGCUCGCACACGCUUUUUCAGUUCUGCCCACAAAUGUUCUAUAGGAUUGAGGUCAGGGCUUUGUGAUGGCCACUCCAAUACCUUGACUUUGUUAAGCCAUUUUGCCACAACUUUGGAAGUAUGCUUGGGGUCAUUGUCCAUUUGGAAGACCCAUUUGCGACCAAGCUUUAACUUCCUGACUGAUGUCUUGAAAUGUUGCUUCAAUAUAUCCACAUACAUUUCCUUCCUCAUGAUGACAUCUAUUUUGUGAAGUGCACCAGUCCCUCCUGUAGCAAAGCACCCCCACAGCAUGAUGCUUCCACCCCUGUGCUUCAUGGUUGGGAUGGUGUUCUUCGGCUUGCAAGGGUCCCCCUUUUCCCUCCAAACAUAACGAUGGUCAUUAUGGCCAAACAGUUCUAUUUUUGUUUCAUCAGACCAGAGGACAUUUCUCCAAAAAGUACGACCUUUGUCCCCAUGUGCAGUUGCAAACCGUAGUCUGGCUUUUUUAUGGCGGUUUUGGAGCAGUGGCUUCUUCCUUGCUGAGCGGCCUUUCACGUUAUGCCGAUAUAGGACUCGUUUGACUGUGAAUAUAGAACUUUUGUACCUGUUUCCUCCAGCAUCUUCACAAGGUCCUUUGCUGUUGUUCUGGGAUUUAUUUGCACUUUUCGCACCAAAUUACGUUCAUCUCUAGGAGACAGAACGCGUCUCCUUCCUGAGCGGGAUGACGGCUGCGUGGUCCCAUGGUGUUUAUACUUGCGUACUAUUGUUUGUACAGAUGAACGUGGUACCUUCAGGCGUUUGGAAAUUGCUCCCAAGGAUGAACCAGACUUGUGGAGGUCUACAAUGUUUUUUCUGAGGUCUUGGCUGAUUUCUUUUGAUUUUCCCAUGAUGUCAAGCAAAGAGGCACUGAGUUUGAAGUUAGGCCUUGAAAUACAUCCACAUGGACACCUCCAAUUGACUCAAAUGAUGUCAAGUAGCCUAUCAGAAGCUUCUAAAGCCAUGACAUCAUUUUCUGGAAUUUUCCAAGCUGUUUAAAGGCACAGUCAACUUAGUGUAUGUAACUUCUGACCCACUGGAAUUGUGAUACAGUGAAUUAUAAGUGAAAUAAUCUGUCUGUAAAUGAUUGUUGGAGAAAUUACUUGUGUCAUGCACAAAGUAGAUGUCCUAACCGACUUGGCAAAACUAUAGUUUGUUAACAAGACAUUUGUGGAGUGGUUGAAAAACGAGUUUUAAUGACUCCAACCUAAGUGUAUGUAAACUUCCGAUUUCAACUGUAGGUAUUACAGAGUCAGGGAGAGGUUGAAAAUGUCAGUGAAGACACUUGCCAGUUGGUCUGGCAUGCUUUGAGUACACAUCCUGGUAAUCCGUCUGGCCUGGCGGCUUUGUGAAUGUUGACCUGUUUAAAGGUCUUGCUCACGUCGGCUACCGAGAGUGUUAUCACACAGUCGUCCGGAACAGCUGGUGCUCUCAUGCAUGCUACAGUGUUGCUUGCCUUGAAGCGAGCAUAAAAGGCAUGACGCUUUGCCUGUUUGCCAUUGGAUGAAUCCCGGAACAUAUUCCAGUCUGUGCUAGCAAAACAGUCCUGUAGCGUAGCAUCCGCGUCAUCUGACCACUUCCGUAUUGAGCGACCACCAACAUGUCCAGCAAUGUGAUUGCAAUGGUUUAGAGACCUCCAAAAAUAAUUUAGUUCACUGUUCUCUUAUUUUCAUAGCUUGUAAGACACAUCCCGAGUGGCGCAGCGGUCUAAGGCACUGCAUCUCAGUGCUUGAGGCGUCACUACAGACCCCCUGGUUCAAUUCCAUGCUGUAUCACAACCGGCCGUGAUUGGGAGUCCCAUAGGGCAGCGCACAAUUGGCCCAGCAUCGUCCGGGUUUGCCGGUGUAGGCCGCCAUUGUAAAUAAGAAUUUGUUCUUAACUGACUUGCCUAGUUAAAUAAAGGUUUAAAAAAAAGACUUCAUAAUAAAAGUGUUAUGCGACACAAGUACCCUUGUGACACCUCCUCGGUUGUUGCAUUCUCCCUCGACUCCUAUGAAAGGAUACGCCAUCAUGAGGCCUCUGAUAGUGGGCCGAUUUACUGCCCUGAUGACACAGACGGCUUCAUCAACAACGACAGGUAAUGUGUGUUAUGUGAAAAGUUGUAUAAAAAAAAUACCCGGCUAGAUAAACUAAUAGGCUAAUUCCCCAGCCAAGCAAAUACAACUAGUAGAGUCAUUUUGGUUGUUAAGUGCAUUAGCAAAAUGCAGUUUACCACUUGGCUGUCUACUAUAUCACCCUGUCACAGGCCCUCCCAGUCAACACAACCUCAUAAGAUGCCUGCUGCAGUUGUUCGAGAGAUGUCCAGUUUGCAGCCGAACAUCCAGCAUAGAGAACACCAACAAGGGGCCCUCAUCAGCAUCAUGCAGACAUGCCCUCCCUGUGAGCAUUCCUAUGAAUGGAACAGUCAAUCACAUGUUUGUUCACAAGUAUCUGGCUAGCAACCUUCACCUAUCAGCGGCAACAGCUUUCACAGGCUCACCUUCUGUACAAAUACAGAAGGUAACCCACUUCAUUACUUUGAUACAUUUGAUAACCCAAUUGUGACAUUAUUUGUUGCUUAUUUUCUAUUUCUUAGAUGCAUAUAAUGUCCAGGGCAUAACCUAACCUGGUGGAACCAGUCUGAUCGCUGUGUUCACCAUUCUAUUUCACUUCACAUUUUAUGAUAUCUUAAGUUAAAUAAAAAGGUGAACGCAGCGAUCAGGUUGGGUCGGCCAGGCUAGUCAUAACCACCAUUGAUAGUGCGUGUGUGUGUAUCUUUGACCAGUAUCUUUGAUAAGGGGCCAGGAGCUGAUCUACGCUGCUAUGGCCAUCAAUGGGGCUCUGGCAAACACUUCACCUCCAGCCUCACCUCUUGCCUGCUCACCAACGGUCGUCGAUGGCGAGACCAGAAUGACGUAGGUUUAGUGUGACCUGUUCAAACUUCAACGUAGUACCUGUUUGUGUGUCAGAUAUUCCCUAUCCUAACUGCCAUUGGUAAUAGAACAGUGACUAUGUGUGAAUGUGUUCACAGAAACAUGUAUGGAGCCAGCACAUGGAGACUUGCAAGAUUAUGUGAUGAAGUCCAGACUGACAGACGGGCUUGAUUCUAAUGUUUCUGAAUGGAGACCUGGCACUCAGCAUUAAAAGUUAACUAGACACAACAUUUAUUUGUAUUGUCUUUUUAUUUUUAUUGAAUGGUAUCAGUCAAUAUAGGGAGAGAGAAACCUUGUGUAUUCUGAACCGUGAUCAGGGAACUCCUGUUGAAUACAGGACAACACACAGGAAGGUAUGACCACUCUGACAUGUUUGCCAAGGUAUCCCUAUUACCACCAGACAAAAUGCCAAUAGGCACAGUAUCUGUAUCGGCUGGGAAUGUAAAUGAAAGGUGUACAUUGUUAUAUUAGCUGAACACUGCUUCUAUGGCAGUGGUAUUAAAACCUUUUCAGCGGGGACACCCGCUGCCGACCCCGUCCCACCCCAAAUCUAAUGACAACCUUAAAAUCUGUAAAAUUAGAUUUUCACAUCAACAAAUAACCUUCAAUGUAUUACAUUUUCAUCUCUACUAUCAAAAUUAAGAGAACCAAUACAUAAAUUUACUCAAUUAAAUUUUUCAAAUGAUCUUCCUCAAUAAGGUUUGUAUAUUGUCCCAUAAAAUAAUCUGUACUCUUAAUGUUUGUUUUAUUUAUUAUGUGAAGGGUUUAUUCAUGGACCUGUUACUACAUUUGAAAGUUAUCAAAACACUUAGUUUAGAAUAUCUACAUAAAUUCAGCAAUUGCAUUCUUCCCAUAUCGCUCUGUAGGCUACUGACCUAUUCAAAGCUUCCUCCAGCAUCUCACCAUACAUCUCCCUGUAGUUAUUGAACUCAACCUGUUUUUAUUUUUAUUUUUUAUUUCACCUUUAUUUAACCAGGUAAGCCAGUUGAGAACCUGCAGGAGGUUUGUUGUGAUUGAGUGGUGGGAAACAGCUGCGGGCAAGGUUCUGACAGAUGGGUGUGUCUUUGUGGUGGAAAGGACACACCCAAGUAACACCAACAUCAAACCACUCCCCCAAGCCAACUCACGUUUGGCUUCUGUCAUGGCCACCAUCAAUCAAAUGUAUUUAUAAAAGCCUUUUUACAUCAGAAGUUGUCACAAAGUGCUUAUACAGAAACCCAGCAGGUCCAGGACAAGGCAGUGUGUCCGGUGAGAGAGAUGGGAGAAUUAGAGGGAGCAUACCACACAGGACAUCAGAUAAGACAGGAGAAUUACACCAGAUAGGACAGACUGACCCUAGUCCACCGGCACAUAGACUACUGCAGCAUUGAUAAUGGAGACUGCGACCGGGGGAAACUGGCCCUGUCAAAAGUUACCCACAGACAGGGCUAACCAGGCAUGAUAUAACCCCACCCACUUUGCCAAAGCACAGCCCCCUCCAAAGCGAUAUCACUAACUUUGUACCCUGAGACAAGGCAGAGUAUAGCCCAUCUUCCCCGCCGCACGAGCCCGAGGGGGCGCAAAACCGGACAGAAAGAUCACGUCAGUUAUUCAACCACGUCAGUGUCUCAAUGCUGCAAGCAUUUCUUGAGGUGCAAGCCAAAAAAACUAGGGCAAAUCAGCAGGUGCAGUUCCCCUCUAAGUUAGGAGAAACUAUGAAUAAUUAUGGUGAAAAAGGGUUCAUAUGAAUAAGGUAAAAUCUUUUUGGCACUUCAUUGAUUAUAGUUGACUACCGUAUUAAUUAAAAGUAAUCAAGAUACGUAUUGAACUGUAAGACUAUCUUCAAUGAGUGUGAGAGUAUGUUCUGUCUAGUUAGUGUAAGUAUGUGUGUGGCACUAUUUGCAUGUAUGGGGCAGAAAUGUAAUGACCUGUGGCUUAACAGUGUUUUCUGCACAGGGAGUACUAAGAAGAGUAUGCCAGAGGUGUGGUGGAGAGGACCUGGAACUGAAGCCAAGAUACACACCUACACUGGCAACGCCAUGGACACCUACACAGGUCCUUCGUACGCUCCAGCAUCUAUCUACAUCCUCAGGCUGCGGUCCAAGGACCAGGACACCAGGGCUACUGUGUACCUCCAUGAGGGCUCUGGGCCCUCGUGGGCCUUCCCACAGCUUCCCUCUGACUCCCGUGUCCACACCCUGGGUGUAGGAAUGACCAGUGUCACCCUCAGCUGGGCCCCCAGUGCCUCCCUCAAAAGGCUGCACCCCCAACGCAGCUAUGACUACUGUGUCCUCGUCAAUCGCAAACACAACUACCGCAACCUCUGUGCCGCCCAGGAGGGCAUCAGGAAAGAGCGGGAGAAAGACAAGACAAGGGAGAAGAAGAACAAACAGAGGAAAGUAACUGUGUGGCCGAUCCUCAAAGACUGGUGGUGGCAGCAGUGGGAUGCUGACACUGAGCUCCGAUCACCCGCUGCACUCCGUGACGAGUAUGAUCAUUUCCAAUGUGUUUGUAAGGGAACAGAGAGCGUGUGCACUGUCUCGGAGCUCGUCCCCGACACGCAGUACUACUUUGACGUAUUUUUGAUUGACAGGCUAAAUGGAACCAGUGCAGCAUAUACUGGAACGUUCGCUCAAACACACGAGGAGGCCCGACAAGCUAUCACACCACUUAGGGAAGGGGAGCUCCAGUGGGUGACCUUCCGGGAUGGAGGCUCAACCUCUGGGGAGUUAUUUAGCUUCCGCCCCCGGGGCUGGCAGCAGAGUGGCCUGCUCACUCUCCAGAGCUGCGGAAGCAGUGAGAAGAUCAACAUCACCGUUUCCAGCAAGGGCCAAGAAAUGAGCUCCCAGGCUGUGGGAGAAAACCUGGCUCAGAUCUGGCUCCAGGGCAGCCCUUCCUACCUCAUCCACCUGGAGAAAGAGGGAAAGGUGGCUCCCAGACAAGCUGCUCCAGGAGCGCUGAAGGCCUCUGUUAAGAUGCAGGCGUCCUCCACUUACCAUCGUCAAGGGGUACCUUCGCUCCCCUCCACUCUGCAGAUAAAGUCUUUCAACAGGCUGAGGAGCUGUGAAUCUGUCACCCUGGCCUGGAUGGGCACAGAGGAGAGGAGCCUUUACUGCGUGUACCGCCAGAGGCUGGGGGAGGGAGAGAAGAGAGGCACGGCACCCUGCCUGGGGCCUGAGUCACGGUCAGACACUGAGAGGGUCCUGUGUAAAUACUUCCAGGAGCUCAACCCUCGGCGGGCUGUCACAACAGCCGUGAUCGGGGGCCUGGAGCCUGGGGUGGCCUACAUAUUUGAUGUCUAUCUAAUGAGACGCUGGGGGAUCCCCAUAAAGUACAGCAGCAAGACAGUAAGAACCAGGAAGGAGUGCUGA